AUGACUUUGGGUCCCGAGCAUCCAGGGAGAGUUAGAGGUGUUGGGGCUGGGAUUUCCACUAAGAAAUACUUCAAUUUACCUAGACAACAGAGGGUAAAGUUUGCCGAUCAAUUAAAGGAAAGUGUAAGAGAUGUCCUUAAAGAAGAGACCUUGAAGAUGGAGGCUAGAACCAAGCAAUUGGUAGAAGCUGAGAUGGAGAAUUUGCUGAAUUAG